AUGUCUUUCUCAGCUCCAGUGAAAGAGAAAAUCAUCCGCAAUGAAGAGAAUAAGCUGAAGGUGAUAAUAGUCGGCGCUGGUCUCGGUGGUUUAGGCGCUGCAAUUGCAAUAUCUCUCGCCGGUCAUUCAGUUACCGUCCUCGAAUCUGCCCAUGAGAUAGGAGAGGUGGGUGCUGGCAUCCAAGUUCUCCCUCCCACAUCUCUGAUCCUCCGUGACUGGGGAUUGCUCCCUUAUCUCUCUGCUCACAGUACCUCCCCAACAAAAGUCAACAUGAUUUCGUGGAAAGGAAACUUAAUUUCAUCCAUGGAUUUUAGAGAGAGUGCGGCACAAUAUCCGGGCUCCGUGUAUUGGGAUUUUCAUCGUGCGAAUCUACAUAGAGGACUGUAUGAACGAGCGUUGGAAUUAGGAGCUAAAGUGAAAGUAGGAAUGAGAGUUGUAGACGUGGAGAUUCUAGAGAAUGGGGCUAGAGUUAUUGUUGAAAAACGCAGAAGUGAAAAGAGAGAGGAGGAAGAGGAGGGAGAUUUGACCGCGGAUCUAGUAGUUGGUGCGGAUGGAAUAUUCAGUAAACUGCGAGAAGUGAUGUUAGGACGAGAAGACGAGCCACAUUUGACAGGAGACUUGGCUUACAGGUUGUUGUUAUCUACUAAGGAUAUGUUAGCCGACGAAGAACUGGCGGAUUUCGUAAAGAACCCGCAAGUGAAUUAUUGGAUGGGUCCAAAAAUGCAUGCUGUGAACUAUGUCCUUCGAGGCGGGGAAUUGUUCAAUAUGGUUCUUCUCGUUCCAGACGAUAUGCCAGCUGGUGCCACAACCUUGGAAGGCAACGUGGAGGAGAUGCGUGCACUAUUCAAAGAUUGGGACCCAAGAAUUCCAAAAUUGCUCGGCAUGUGUGGGUCUGUGUAUAAAUGGCGUCUUUGCACUCGCCCUGGUCUCGACAACUGGAGCCAUCCCUCCGGCCAUUUCACUCUUCUUGGGGAUGCGGUCCAUGCUACGCUUCCUUAUCUUGCUUCUGGCGCAGGAAUGUCACUCGAAGACGCCGCUGUCCUCGGUGAGCUCCUCUCCCACUAUCCCAAUUCCUCCUCCACCGUUCCUACUACAUCGAACCUCAAGUCAUCCUUCCUCCGACAUACCCUCCCCAUUUAUCAAGCCCUGCGUGCACCUCGUACUCAAACCGUCGUCGAGCGAGGAAACAUCCAGCAAUAUCUCUACCAUCUUCCAGAUGGCCCCGAACAAAUUGAGAGAGAUCGGAAGAUGCGACAGCAAGAAGAGGGAGAAGCUUUGGCAUGGAGAGAUAAGGGGCUUGCGCCAUGGUUGUUGGGAUACCGGGUUUCGGAUGCGGUUGAAAAACUGUGGGUCCCUUUCAGAGAACAAGCUGAGGAUGAAAUCGGGAUGAAUAAUGAGGCUAAGAACGACCGAGAAAGUCGAGAUGCUAGAUUAUGA